CCUUGUGUCCCCCACUCGCUUCCUAUUCUCCCUCGCACGCCCCAAAAGUGGAGAACUCACCCAAGUCACCAACCCAGAGCACCAAACCGAACCAAAAAGCCAAGAACUCAGACCUCCGGCCUGCGCGCCGGCCUCCUCCUAUGCUCGCCAGCGGCGGCCGCGGCAGCCGAUGCCCAGCCCUCUGAAAGAACGCCCUUCCGGCAGCCUCGGCCGCCUCCUCGCGGCGCUCCGCCCCUCCCGCGCCGGGCCCCUCCCCGUCCAGACCGGUUUCCCCACCUCCCUCGCCGACCUCGUCGUCAAGAACCAUGGCCGCCUCAAGAAGCCUUCUUCCGCUUCCUCGAAGCGCAGGAAGGGUGACAUCCCCCCAUCCCCUUCGCCGUCCCCUCCUCCUUCCUCUCCACCUCCGCCUCCUCCGGCGGCCACCGUCCCGCCGUCGGAUAGACCAAGAGCCGACCUUUCGCCGGCCCAGGCCGUUCGCCGCAACAAAGACGGCGCCUUUGGCCUUGGCCUGGGCUUCCUCACGGUCAGCGGCGUGGUAUCCCUCGCGCUCCUUGUGAUCUGGAGCAAGAAGGUGGUCGCGGCCGUCACCGUCGCCUCCUUCUCGCUCUUCUUGCUCGAAUCCGUGAGGUCUUCCUCUCUCCCCUGGCGGCCGCUGUCGGCGGCGACCAAGAGGCAGCUUUAUUUGGAAGGCCGCGGGCGCGUCUCGCCGAUCCAGGAGGUGGAGGCGAAGACCGAGCCGUCGAGGCCGAGCUGCUCGGAUUCCGACAGGGGAACCGAGGUUUCCAUCUUUGCCAUCGAAGAAAGGAGCGGCGUCCUCGACGAAUCAAGCAUCCCGAAGGCGAAGACAAAGAAGAGGUCUUGGAGGAAGCUGAUCGCCAGCGCCAAGAAGUUGCACAAAGGACGGAGACCUAGGGAGGCGGAUUCUUUGGGUUCUUUCCGCAGCGAGGGCGACCAAGCGGAUGCCACGGUGCGGGGCAAUGCCAAGGCGACGGAUUCCUCAGAUUCUCACCGUGGCAUGGCCAAUCAAACGGAUGUCGUGGCGGAUGCCAUUGCAAAAGAGCCGGAUUCUUUGGGGGAUUCUCGCCGCGGAAAGGCUAUUGAAAUCGAUGCCAGGGCGAUAGAAAUCGAUGUGCCGGCUGAUCUCAACGAGGAGGACAGAGCAGGAUUCCGGUUUCCUGCUCUAGUUCUCGUGGCCGUCGUCCUCGUCGGCCUGGUCGCUGGGAAGUUCCCGGCCGUGGCGUUCACGGUGCUUUGCUCGGCGUACCUUAGAUCGGUCCAGAGAUUGCCUAGUGGUGGUGGCGGCUUGCAUGUGAGGCGAUUGGAGCUUUCCAUGUCGUAGGAAACCCCAAAAUCGUUGUAAAGUAGUGCGCAACAAAAGAGGAGAAAAGAUACAUGUUUGUUCAGUCGCUGUUGUUCUUGCAUUCCUUGAAUCGGAGUAAGAAGUGAAACAUCAACUUAACUCA